CAACCUCGUCCUUGCUGCAACUUCAGGUUCCUUCCUUUCUGCAUUCACUCCACCUCCGUUCUUUAACAGGCCAUGGCAUUCGCCUUUCAUGUCGACCCCGGUUGUCCUUAACAGUGUCUCUACACAUUUGCGCAAGGAGCAAUAUGAACCCGAAUAGCAUUGCCGGAUCCUCUCAAAUAGUUCAACCGCAAUCGAGCGCUUCCCCAGCCUUUGGAACAGUCGAAUCGUCGAUAGGAGGCCUUGUCAGAAGCUGGAACCGGAGGCGGAAGUGGCAGCUCUUCUUCGGCCCUAGAGGAUCGCACAACUUGAGCACAGACACGAACACCACGAACGCAAACAUCGCGACAUGGCGGACCCGCAUAGCGAAAUUCCUAGACUACAACUCAGCCCACAUCGUUUCCAUGUUCUUGCUCCUUGUGGACACGAUCAUCACCUCCUUUGAACUCUCUUCUUCUUUAAACAAAGCGUGCCCGAAAACCCAGACCAAGGCUCGGGAGCCUUGGUACCACUGGGUGGGCAUUGCAAUCUUGGCCCUCCUCUCUGCCAAGACAUUGGCUCUUGCCGUCGCAUUGGGGGGCUCAUUCUUUCGGCGGCCGGGCUACGUCAUCGACGGGCUGGUGGCCGUCGGGGCCUUGUUCUUGGAAGCGCUCUUGGAGAAGAAGGGUGGCGGGCUGAUCGUGGUGGUGAGCCUGUGGCGGAUCUUGCGGGUUGUUGAGGGCGCGUUCGAGCUGAGCGACGACGCCAUUGAGGCGCAGGUCGAGAGCAUCUUGAACGAGUUCAAGUCCCUCCGCCUAGAGAAUCAGAGGCUGCGAGAGGUGGUGGAUCAGAUGAACGAGAGGAUAGAGCAGCUAGAAGACGAUUUGGCGCAAUGCGUGCGUGCAUGUAACUAGGGCAAAGUGAGAAAUAACGAAUGAAAUGGAAAUGGAAAUUUUAGGAAUAAUGACAAGAAUGCUUUAUUACAAAACUUGUUUGUAGAGUGCUGUUGUAAAGUCAUGCUGAAUGCGAGCAACUUGGUUAAUUCAAUAAAAUAACACAACUUAGAAUUGUCGCA